CCUAAAGAUUCAUUUAGCAGCUAAAUUAAAUCUAGGUAGAAUUGUUUCAUACAACUGGUGGGCAGUAGGUCUUAGGCGAAAGGAGGGAGAGGACCUAAGGAAACAUGUUCGGAAUCCUGACGAUUCUUGUGGUUCCUUUCUUCUUGGCGUCAAUUCCUUCAAGUCGUGGUAAUCUGCUCUUUGAGUCUCCGAAUGUGGUAAGUUGGGCCGGGAUAGCGCCUCGUGGCAUAAGGCGUAUUUAUUUUCACAGGGACGGCAGGUCCAAGUUAAAAGAUGACAUAUACGAGCAGCCCGUUAACCUGAUGAACAAGAAGUCCCCUCACGAUAAGGACGAGCCCUCAGAUGUCCGAGGAGAAACAAACGCGGAUCCCUGGACUCCGUUCGACUUCUCCAAGUUCGACAACUACCUGAAUAACUUCAAGGAUGGUGACAAGCAGGAUCCGUCGCCAGAACUUAAUAGGAUCAAGAGACGAGCUCGGAGGCGACGCGGUCGCGGCGGCAGACGCCGUGGUCGUCAGCGAGCUACCACCAGCCCCCCUGAUGAAGAACCGAAGAAUGGUACCAGCACAGAAGUGCCAGUCGCUCGCGCUGGUGAAAUGAUAGACAGGAAACGAUCUUAUGGCAGAUCUCCCAAUUUUGACAUGUACCAACCACCUGGCAAGGACUGGGAGGCAGGCUACGUAGAAAUGCCAAAGGACCUGUAUCAAGCUCAUCUAAGGCCAGGAGUUAUCUUCAGAAUUCAUAUGUCUGAGGCCAUACUCAAGAUGCAGUAUAGGAAUUACGGGGAAGACAAAGACGAAUCAGUGAUUGAAGCGGACGUGGAAUACCUUCGACUGACGAGGAAGGUCAUCAACGAUGAGAUCACCAAGUUUGAGGACCUGCAGUGGCUGAUUGGGUGGUUCCACAACCGAUCCUCGUUGAUCCAGGAACAUAUGUGCAACACUAGGUAUUAUACUGUCGGAACACCCCCAACGAUGUUUACUCAUCCAGAAGAAUAUAUGAAACGACUGUGUCUAUUUGAUAGCGUGUAUAUUGACCAUAUACCGUACGUGGUCGGCGAGGAUAGUUCCCUCAUGGCAGCGGUGGCGCCACCUGUGCUGCACUGUGACGCCGCUACUUGCACUUCUGUACCUUUUAUUGACAGCGUAAUGUUUGACGAGCGCCUCCCGCGGACGAAUGUGCGCACUCUAACAAGAUGUCAGGCAUCGUGCCGUGCGCACUGUCGCAACGACCCCGACUGUCUGAAGCGUUGCUCCGACCGGUGUCUGAGGUCUGACUAGCUGUGGCUUACAUUACUGAAUUAUAUUGCAGUUGGAAAU